AUGUACUCGCUCAGGCUCGCUACCAGCGGCAGCACAGCACUCGGCUUCACGCUCGGCCGGUUCGGCGGGAAGACAGGCGGCGGCGCCGCAGCAGGAGGACUAGCGGCACCCGCAGCGGCGGCGCAAGUAGGGAGGAGGAGCGUCUCCGCGACGUCGAACGCCGCCGCGCCGGUGCCAGGCGACCAGGGCGUCGGCAUGGACCCGAGCAAGCAGCAGCAGCAGCACAAGCCCCACGCGCCGGCGGGGGGACAGCAGGGCGACGACGUGCACAAGACCACCACUGCUCACGGGGACGUGAUGACCCACUCGUUCGGGGAGGGGUACUCGACGAGGUCGGACGAGGAGGGGUUCGGAGGGGUCUACGGCCAGAACGACCCGGUGCUCAACCCUGGGACCGAAGUGCACCCCAACCAUCCUGAGUAUGACAAGUCGCAGGGAUCGGAGGUGAAGGAGAAGGAGAAGGCGCGCCAUCUCAAGGACGACAAGCACGCGACCUAG